AUGCCGCCAACCGGGACAUAUCUCAACGUCAUCCUGGUGAAUGAGACCGGCACUGAGACGCUGCUGUGUUCGACCUCUGACCACCUGUCCCCAUGGCAACGUAUUUACAUCGGUGUAGUGCAGCCCGGGCCUUAUAACAUCGUCAUCGAAGGGGUUCCAGACCCACCCUUCUAUCCGAAUUUUGGCAUUGACGACUUCACACUGACAGUUGUUGAAAAUGCAACCGCGGCCUUGGGUGUAGAGAUAACUGAUAGAUGUUCAACUGAGAUUGUGACUACGGUUGCUAUGUCCAGUAGUUCAUACAACGCCACACAUCCUAUGACCAUUAGUCAAAACACGACCAUACAUUUUGAGACUUCUACUUCUAGUCAGGAUAUGACCACAAUUACCACAGGUAGUGAAGAUACGACCACACGGCGUAUGACGAGUAGCCAUACGCCUAUACUGUCCAUGACGACCAUGACGAGUAGCCAUGAUACGACCACAAUGCCCAUGACAACUAGUCAGGAUACGACGGUCCUCCCUAUGACUAGUAAGCAGGAGGAAACCACACGCAUCGUCUCCAACAUGCCAACAACGAAAGCAACCGACCACUUUAGUUCGACAACCAGUCAGGACAAGACCACAAGCGGCAUCUCCAAGAGUCCCACAUCCAAGCCAUCACCCCCUGAAGAAACGACCAAACGUCCAAUUCCUGCCAAGACUACUAAAUCAGGAGAGGCAGCAACAAAACCUCUCCCCACGUCCACACCUUCCAAAGAUGGUCAGCUUGGUCAGCAGAGCGGACGCACCGGCCAGCCGGACAUCACCGCCCUCCCCAUCGUGCUUGGGAUAGCAGUAUUCCUCCUGGUAGCGGCAGGCGCCAUGUUCUACCUCAAGAAGAAACGGAAGAGGUCUAGUUUCUCUGUAGAAGAAUCGCGAAGGGCAUCGAGGAUGACUCUAACUCAGACCGAGUUAACAGAGUUCUAG